CCAACCCAAGGCAGCAAGGUCAUUGUCAGCGGCCUGCAAAGCACACCCGACUUUCCAGACCCAACGUGGCGUGUUUACCGUCUGGGUUAGACCAGGAGGAAGCGAUUGACGCCCGGCAGCGCAGGGUGCCUUGCAUCUUAUGCGACCUGCACAACGGCAGAUGUGGUUUUCCAAGCCCCACUGCCCCGAGAAUUCGAUCCCAUAGUCCUCGAAUCCGCUUAUUCAUCCCUUUCACGUCCUCCGUCCCCCGAUCCCCCGAUCCCGCGAUCCCGCCAUCUUGGGAUGAGUGACCCGGUACAAGACGCCGAUGAGUACCGAUUAUAGCGCAACACCCGCAACCAUGCCCGGCGAAGAGAAUUCGAGUGCGCAUGCACCCGCACCCGCAUCCGAAGAGAGCUCGAGGACGGAUGCUACCUCAGUGACUGGCGCCCAUGACGGCUAUGACGCUCAGCAAAUCCUCGCCCUCGCGCGCCACCCUCCUCCCGGUGCCUCCGUUUAUUCUCCUACAGCUGUCCCUUCGGCCGCCCUGAACCCUCGCAGCUGCGUGACUUGCAGGAGGAGAAAGGUCCGCUGCGACAAACACAUGCCCUGCUCCAACUGCCGCCGAGCCCAGAUCCCGUGCAUCUUCCCCGCCCCUGGCCGCGCACCUCGCCGUCCCAGGCCGAAGGACCCAAAUGCGCCCACGAAGCAGCCGUCCAGCGAGCGUGAGCUAGAGUUGAUGAAGCGGUUACGGAAGCUAGAAGGAAUUGUGGAGGAGCUAAGUGGCCAGAUCGAGGUGGAAACCGUGCGUCACACCUCCAGCGCCGGCAACUCGCCCGAAACGGUGGCCGGACAUCAUGGGAGGGACGACCUAGCCCUCCGCCCACGGCUGAGCACUGGGUUCCACGCUGUGAAUCCUGCCGGCGGCGGUCACAGCCAGGAAUCACUAUCCGCCGCGUCCGGUUCUGUGGGAGCUCGGCCGCCAGCAAGACAAGCGUCGGGGACUUUGUCGGAACCCGACACACCCCACACAUCUUCCCCGGAUAUGCACAGACGAUUCGGCAGGCUGGUGCUCAAUGAGAAGGGCGUCACACGCUAUGUCAGCAGCGCCAUUUGGUCAUCCAUUACUGACGAGCUGGACGAACUACGAAAGGCGUCGCAAGAUCUCACUGACGAGGAUUCUGAUGAGUCAGACUUGGAUGCCACCCCUGAAUCUGCCGAACACGAUAAAAGCUUGUUAGAUCACCACUCCUUCAUCUUCGGGUACCGUUCUGCCGACGUCGACCUUAGGCCUUUGCACCCCUUGCCAUCUCAGAUCCCUUUUAUAUGGCAGGUCUACCAAGAAAACGUGGAUCCUGUCCUCAAGGUUGUCCACAUACCAAGCAUGAGCAAUGUAAUAAAGGGUCUGCGCCAUAAUAUGGACAGCCUCACGCCUCCCAUGGAAGCUUUGAUGUUUGCCAUUUAUUACGCCUCUAUCACUUCGCUCGAGGAAGAUGAAGUCAGGCGAAACUUCAAUGCCGAGAAAUCGAUCCUCAUUCAAAAAUACCGCUUUGCGCUUGAGCAGGCGUUAGCAAAGGCUGAGUUUCUUACCAAGCCUGACCUUACAGUUAUACAGGCCUUCUUGCUCUUCCUUGUGCUUGUCCGUCGGCACGACGACACGAGAUUCGCUUGGACUCUAACCGCUCUUGUCAUCCGCAUGAGCCAGGCGUUGGGGCUCCACCGUGACGGCUCACACUUUCCCACUUUGACCCCGUUUGAGGUAGAAAUGAGACGACGACUGUUUUGGGCCGUAUGCGUCUUGGACCUCCGGUCUGCCGAGGACCAGGGCACCGAGCUCACCAUUGUCAACCGCACAUUCGACACGCAGCUUCCGCUCAAUAUCAACGAUAGCGAUAUUUCUCCCGAGAGCGAGCGUCUCCCCGAGUCGAGAGAAGGCGUCACAGACAUGGCUUUCUCGUUGCUCCGAUAUGAAAUUUGCGCCCUGGCUAGGCGCCUGCACACGGCUUCUUCUGACAUGGCAGUUACAUGCCCUCCCGAUUCCGCCAAGUCUUUGGAGGAACGAGAAGCCUUGCUCACUGAUCUUCACAGGCGAGUCGAGGAACGGUUGUUGAAGGACAGCUCUAGUCCCAUGUCCUGGGUGACUUCCAUUUUCUGCCGUGUCAUCGUGGCCAAAAUGAGGCUUGUCAUAUACCAACCAGUCUUGUUCCCCGGUCCCGGCAACGAGUACCUCUCUGAGGAUGCGCGGGCUCGUAUUUUCAACGCCUCACUCGACAUCUUUGAGUACAGCCACAUACUGAAUACCGACCCGCGAUGCAAGCAGUGGUGCUGGCUGUUCCAGACGUGGAACCAUUGGCACGCCCUAGCCUACACCCUAAUAGAAGCUUCGCAUCGGCCAUGGGGUCCCAAGUCUGAACGGGCAUGGGCAGCGCUCAACCUGACCUUCCCGGGGCCUAAGCCUGCUGAACUUGAGAAACUGGCGGGUCACCACGGCGUCUGGAUGCCGCUUCGAAAGCUGUACCUCAAGGUGAAGAAGCACCGCGAGGCCGAGAUUGCACGUCUAAGAGCAGACCCGGAGGCUGCGCGGGAACUCGAUGUGGAAGAUCGGGCGGGAGCGUCGCCGACCAGCUUUGGGUCCAUCCCCAGCUCCGUGAAACGCGCGAUUGCCCUGGAGCGCUGGCGUAAGCUUGUCCACGCGCCGCCACCGCUCCCUGAGCCAACACCCGUGCCCGAGCAACCCGAGCAGCGGUCUCAACAACCAUGUCAAUCGGCAACGAAACCCAGCCAAGCCAGCGAAAGCACCAGUAUUGAACCGGCUGUUGGCCCGGUGUUUGCCAAGCCUGAGUUGAUGGAUUUCAUUGACACGGCCAUGGCAAGCCCGACUUUUGUCUCGUACGAUUUUGCACCGUUGAUGUUCCCCCCCGACGGACCGCCCGAUUUGAGCCGCUUCCCGUUUCUUGGAUAUCCAGCUGGACCUGGAGGCCUCUCGAGAGGAGACAGCGGCGUGGGUUUUAAUCCAGGUACAAAUACGAAUACACCAGUCCCUGCGCAAGCGAUGGGGCCCCCACUUCAUCAACAACAGCAAACCCAACCUACGGCGGUAGGGCAAACACCACACACCACUGGCACGACGGAUGAAAGCCUUCCGCCGUGGCUGUGGCCGGCUAAUGCUGCGUCGCCUGGGUUCAACGGCGUGCCGAACCUCAACACGGAGGAUGUCGAUGUCAAUAUGGACGAGACGUUUGAUUGGCAGACGUGGCAGGAGAGUCUGGGGAGGUAUGAGCUGGAGGCGAAUGGGGGGAGGGCGGGGAGUACUUGGGGGGCGGGGCUUUGA